AUGGAGUUGUCACCACCACAACCAUCUCCACCCAACCCUUUCAUUACACUUCCACCACCACCACCACGUCGCCACCAAACUCCACCUUCACCUCCACCGCCGCCAUAUUCCAUUACACCUCCUUCUCCACCAUCUCCCAUUACACCUCCUCCUCCUCCUCAAAAAAACUCAAAAUCAACAUCAAGUUGUUUCAUCGUGCCUACAACUACAACCCGAUCCGAAAGGGAGUUGUCACCACCACAACCAUCUCCACCCAACCCUUUCAUUACACUUCCACCACCACCACCACGUCGCCACCAAACUCCACCUUCACCUCCACCGCCGCCAUAUUCCAUUACACCUCCUUCUCCACCAUCUCCCAUUACACCUCCUCCUCCUCCUCGGAAAAACUCAAAAUCAACAUCAAGUUGUUUCAUCGUGCCUACAACUACAACCCGAUCCGAAAGGGAGUUGUCACCACCACAACCAUCUCCACCCAACCCUUUCAUUACACUUCCACCACCACCACCACGUCGCCACCAAACUCCACCUUCACCUCCACCGCCGCCAUAUUCCAUUACACCUCCUUCUCCACCAUCUCCCAUUACACCUCCUCCUCCUCCUCGGAAAAACUCAAAAUCAACAUCAAGUUGUUUCAUCGUGCCUACAACUACAACCCGAUCCGAAAGGGAGUUGUCACCACCACAACCAUCUCCACCCAACCCUUUCAUUACACUUCCACCACCACCACCACGUCGCCACCAAACUCCACCUUCACCUCCACCGCCGCCAUAUUCCAUUACACCUCCUUCUCCACCAUCUCCCAUUACACCUCCUCCUCCUCCUCAGAAAAACUCAAAAUCAACAUCAAGGUUAUAA